AAUAAAUAUGUCGGAACUCAGAGCCCCCUCCGAGUGGACAUAUCACAGGGUGGAAUUUUGUUUGUAUCUAUUACUCUUAGCUUUCCCAAUAACCUCCACAAUCUAUAAAACUUAGCCGAAAUAAAAGAGAUCUCGGUCAACAGAUGAGAAGAAGCAGGUUUAUUUAUUCAGUCAUGCAGUCAACAACAUGCAUAUCUGAAGAGAGCAGCUGGUCUCAAAAACCCCGAAAAAGUCCCCUCUACUUAUACCCCAGGCGCCCCGGGGCGCCUCCUUUUCUCUAAUUUAAAUAUUUCCAGCAAUUUCCCAUUAUAUUCAGUGUAUGGCUACUUUAGUCCCUCCUUCCUUAGUUUACAUACGUUUUCCCAGUUCCCAUUAUUUUCGCAUUUGUCCCGAUACCGCCCCUAAAUUGAUACCAUCCUCCCCUCGAUGACGUCAAUUUUCCUCCUCACCAGUUCCCCUUAUUUUUAGGCUAAGUCAACCAUUUUUAUAAAAAUUGGCGCUUACUUAUAGGCGCCACUUCCUUAUUGACUUCAUUUGACCAUCACCUCUUAAAGGUGCUUCCUCGGCUCAUCCUGACCUCGCGCGUUGCCCUCCACAACAAUGUCUCAGUCAGCCCGCCGCGCUAUCUUCCGGAGAAGUCCCAGGGGUGCUCUGCGACGCUAUCGCCAGUAUCAGCUAUCCUGUUUGGCCAUUGAACUUACUGGUUUCCUGGAGCACCUAUCUGAAUCCUCUAUUCCUGAGUCUCCUUACCUCGCUCACCAUAUCGUGAGAGAUACCGUCUGUCUUGAUCAGAGCACCCAAUUUCACCCCACAACCUGUGAUCAGUCUACUCAGACCUUCUACUGGCAUUGGACACGCACCACCUCUCAAGGCGUCCAGACUGAGGAUUUCCCUGUUGAGAUUUCCUCUAAUGAUUCUUCCUCUGACUCUUCUUCAUUUCCUAAUUCCCCUGACAUUCCCCAACUUUCUCCUGAAUUUGUGCCUAUGCCUUACAGUGUUCAUGAUAUUCCUCAGUCUUCUCCUGACUAUUCGCCCCCAACUUCUCCCACUGAUUACUCUCCAACUUCUCCUCAGGAUCCCGAGAUUCCGUCUUCUACAACUGACCCUCCGGUCCCACUGAUCCCAUUGGAUAGGCUGUUCCAAUUUCGCGCGCACGGUGCUGCCACUUCACACCGUGCUGCCACCCACAUAAUACUGCUCUUCACACCAUGCUGCCACUACCCACAUAAUGCUGCCACUUCACACCAUGCUGCCACCCACGUAAUGCUGCCACUUCACAUCGUGCUGCCACCCACAUAA